AAUAAUCAAUCAAACUAAUAUAAAAACAUAACUUCUUCAAUCAACAUAUUAUACCAACACAAAAAGUAACACAAAUGGCAUUUAUUUAAAUGAACAAAUGAAUGUUAUUUCCAUAUUAAUAAUUGAAGAAAGAAAGUGUAGACGACUUUUUUGAGAGUUUCCACUUUCAACUACAGUAACAACUAGAUACAGAACCGUUCCCAAAGCCGCCUCAUUCUUCUUCUUCUUCUUCUUCUUCACAUGAAUCAAAACUAGAGAAAGAAGAAGAAAAAGAAAGGACAGAAAAAUGGGUUGUGGAAACAUGUUUUUCACAAUUCUGAUAACAUUUUCAGUAACAUUAAUAACAUACAACAUCAUAAUAUCAGGAAAUGCUCCAUUGAAACAAGAUUUUCCUGGUCCAACACGUCGUCCUUCAAUUACUAUAGACCCAAUAAUCAAGAUGCCACUUAACAAAAAACCUUCUUCUUCAAAGAGAUUAUUUCAUACUGCAGUUACAGCUUCUGAUUCACUUUACAAUACAUGGCAGUGUAGAGUUAUGUAUUACUGGUUCAAAAAGAUGAAAGAAAGUGGUCAUUCUGAUAUGGGUGGAUUUACAAGAAUUUUGCAUUCUGGUAAAGCUGAUCAGUAUAUGGAUGAGAUCCCUACUUUUGUUGCUCAACCUUUGCCUUCUGGAAUGGAUCAGGGUUACAUAGUCCUUAAUAGACCAUGGGCCUUUGUACAGUGGCUUCAACAAGCAGAUAUCAAAGAAGACUACAUAUUGAUGUCAGAGCCAGAUCAUAUAAUUGUGAAACCUAUACCUAACUUAGCCAGAGAUGGAAUGGGAGCUGCAUUCCCUUUCUUUUAUAUUGAGCCUAAGAAAUAUGAGACAGUACUAAGAAAGUACUUCCCUGAGGAAAAUGGACCUGUAACCAAUAUAGAUCCAAUUGGGAAUUCACCUGUAAUUGUUGGCAAGGAAUCCCUUAAGAAGAUUGCUCCUACUUGGAUGAAUGUUUCCCUGGCAAUGAAGAAAGAUCCUGAAACUGAUAAAGCUUUUGGAUGGGUGCUUGAAAUGUAUGCUUAUGCAGUUUCUUCUGCUCUUCACGGUGUUCAUAACAUAUUGUUCAAGGACUUCAUGAUUCAGCCUCCAUGGGACAAACAACUUGGUAAAACAUACAUAAUUCACUACACUUAUGGGUGUGACUAUUCAAUGAAGGGUGAAAUGACUUAUGGAAAAAUUGGAGAAUGGAGGUUUGAUAAAAGAUCUUAUGAUCUUGUUGCUCCAAAAAAUCUGACAUUGCCACCACCUGGUGUUCCAGAGAGUGUGGUGACUCUCGUAAAAAUGGUUAAUGAAGCUGCAGCAAAUAUUCCAAACUGGUAGUCAUAGGGUUUUCUCAAGGUGGGUUACAAUGUGUUAAGAAUAUACUGGGAAUGUGUUCCAUUUGAAACAAGUUGGUAACGUACACCACUGUAUCUGUAAUUCUUAUGUAGAUGACUUUUUUUUUUAUGUAGAUGACUUUACAUUUGAGACAAACAUUAAUUUUUUCAAUGCUUGGCAAAAGUGUGUUUGUGUUCAUCACUGACCAAAUUGAAAGAUUUUCUUAUUUUUAUUGA